AUGUCCCAGACGAACAAGCCUCCUGUUGCAACAAUGACUGUAGGCGGCACCAACCAGGCGGAGACGAUGGGCCUCCUGCCAACUGAAGCUGCCGCCUCCGAGUCCGAGGAAAUCGAACCUACCUUUGCACCACCUACCCUUGCAUUAGACACUGUCGACGGUAUUAUGACGAAAGCGGAGAGCAAUGGUCUUAAGCCUGCGACUGUGCCAAGCAGCCCCAAUGCAAUCGUCACCUUCCCCUUCUACCCCGAGAUUGGCCGCUACGAACCCCAAGCAAUCAUUGGGCGCUUCAUCGUCCAGCUCAUGAAGCCGCGGCAGUUGACCACGAACGAGCGUCAAGUCGUCUUCAACAUCGUCAAAGCGCUGUCUCAGAUCGAAACUUUCACCCGCGCUGCCGAGGAGAGAUUGCAGAUCAAAUUCAUGCUGACCGGCAUCUUGGGGGUAUGGCCCAAGGCCACGCGUCCGUACGAGUUCCCAGAAACCUUCCAGGAAGCCGCUGCUGCCAUUCUCGCCAAAGUGGAAGGAGAUCUAGACAUCGAAGAAGUCGUCGACGAGACGCGGCCAGCCUCAACCUCCCCUGCUCCUGCGAGCAAAGGUAAAAAGCGCGGGAGGAAAGCCGCAGAUCCACGCAGCCCAGAGUCUCGCGAACUGCCAGCUCUCAACGAUCUGCCUGUCCAAUCCAUCAUGCACAACACCGUUCUCACUGACGGACGCCGCCGUGUAUAUCGCAUCGACGACAAGUCUGCUACGAGGCCUUGCAAUAGUUUUGGGCACAAUGGAAUUGCUGUUGGUCAAUGGUGGCCAUACCGCAUCUGCGCACUGCGGGACGGAGCACACGGGGCUAUGCAGAGUGGGAUUGCAGGGUCAGAGAAGAGUGGAGCCUACUCGAUAGUGGUGUCUGGCGAUUACGAUGAGCUCGACAAGGACGAAAAAGACAUACUUUACUACUCCGGCAGCGACAGCAACGCCAACACAGACCCAGCCAAUCCCAUCGUCACCCAUUAUACCAAAGCGUUGCAACAAUCCCGCCGCGACGACCGUCCCAUCCGGGUGCUGCGGACUUCGGCAGGGAGGGCUGACCAUUGUCCGUCGAAGGGGAUCCGCUAUGAUGGACUGUACCGCAUCAUCUCGGACGGCAUCGCGAAGAACAUGAGGGGUGGUGCAUACGUCCGCUUCAAGCUCGUGAGGGAAGCUAACCAGCCCGAGAUCGACAUGAGCAGGCCCACUCAGGCGGAAAAGGACGUGUAUGACCGGCUCAAGAACAGCAUUUAG